UAUACCGAACAAGUCGCUUCCAUUUUUAAACGCGUUUGAAUUUGUUUAUAUUUAAAAGUGCGUGCAAGAUCUGCGAAAAAAAAUAUAUACCACAAAAUGUCAGUCGAAAGGUGUCGGGUCAGUCUCAUUGCUCUCGUAGCCAGCUUAGCAAUCGCCUCCUGCGCACAAGUAGAGGAUCCAUGUAAAACAAAAUCUCGAAUUGUAGCCGAUGACAAAUACUGCGACAAAUAUUGGGAAUGUGAUAGCGGUCAGGCCGUCCAAUAUGACUGCCCCAACGGCUUGGUAUUCGCAGGUAAACAUCGGGGUGUCACCGAAGGCUGCGACUAUCCCUGGAGAUCGAAUUAUUGUGAAUACCCUAAAGUACAAACAAAUCCACCAAUUGGUACGGAGCACUGUGAUUGGUUGUAUGGAAUCUUCGGACAUGAGACCUCCUGCACUAGAUACUGGACUUGCUGGAAUGGAACUGCCACAGAACAGCUGUGUAUCGGUGGAUUAUUGUACAAUGAGAACGCCCACUCCUGUGACUGGCCUGAAAAUGUUGACGGCUGUCAAAAACAUCCUCUCUGUAAUGAAGAUCCCAAUGGCAACGUGCCUCUAGGCAAAUCCUGCAACAGGUACUGGCAGUGUCAGGGUGGUUAUCCACGUCUUCAACGUUGCCCAGCUAUGCUUGUAUUCGAUAGACGCUCUCUAAGAUGUGUCGUACCACCAACUGAAGAAUGUGACAUACCGACUACCACACCCCCACCGCAAGAGGAGGAGGAUGUUAAACAGGGACAUCAAAACUCAAAGAGGCCAUCGAACAAUGAAUAUCAGGACGGUCAGGGCCAGGGUCAAGGUCGCCAGAGAACCAGAAAUUAAGAACAGAUAAUAAAUAUUUCUUAAUAAAUAGCUAUUUCAAUGGGCAUAAUAUUGAAACUAACAUUACCAAAUUUUCCAACAGUUUUAGUUGAUAGCAUAUAUUACAUAUAAAAGACUGCGUUUUAUCUCAGCAGUGAAUUUUUAUGAUAAUUCUUCUCUUUGGUUUAUUUUGAAGCUGAUGCAAAACUUAAAAAUAAAUUUACAUUGUUACAUGUAAACCUAACCUUAUUUUUCAAUAUAAUCUUAUAGUAAAAAUGAAAUUUCUACUUUAAUUUAGUGUAAAACACUAAUCACAUACAUCUGCAUUAAAAUUUGGUUUUCCGAUGAUUUAUUUCUUUUUGUAGUUAUGACAUUUUCGCUUUUGUAUAGUUAAUAACAUUUUAAAGAUCUUUCAGAAACCGCAGGACUUUUUUUCCAUUCUCAUUCAUUUUACAAUUUCCAUUCAUUAACGUAAAUAACCUCCAUACUAAUAAACGAUGUAAAUCGGUUGAAUAGAUACAAAGUUCUUUGUCUCCUUCUUUCGAAUGUCAAAUCACUAAUGUUCGAAAGAUAAAACGGUGUGCGACUAAUCAAUUAGGAGUAAAUGCUCCCGCUUUACAAAGUUUAUUAAAGAGGGAUUAUAUCACUCGUUAGUAAAACUCUAUCAUUCUCAUUCGGGAAUAAUCCCACCAGCACUUUAAGCAAUAAUAUUUAUAAUCUAUUGUUAUUAUUCAUAAUUUAGUAGUAUAUAUUUAGCAUUAGCCGCUGUAUAAACUUAAAUCUGUCAAAGAAAUACUCAUAUAAGCCUGUAAGUUAGUUGAACGUUUGUUUCUAUGCUACAGUAAGGUUAGAUUAAGUUUAUAUUGUUCUAAUUUUAAGUCAAUAAAGAUAUUUCUUAAAUAAA